GGUUAGUCAGUUUCUCUUUCUUCCUGUCCGGCUGGGAAGAUGGCGUCCCGCAAGGAAGGCACCGGCUCUGUCGCCACCUCUUCCAGCUCCACCACGGGCACUGCAGGGAAAGGCAAAGGCAAAGGCGGCUCCGGAGACUCGGCCGUGAAGCAAGUGCAGAUCGAUGGCCUGGUGGUAUUAAAAAUAAUCAAACAUUAUCAAGAAGAAGGACAAGGAACUGAAGUUGUCCAAGGAGUGCUUUUGGGCCUGGUUGUAGAAGAUCGGCUUGAAAUUACCAACUGCUUUCCUUUCCCCCAGCAUACAGAGGAUGAUGCUGAUUUUGAUGAAGUCCAGUAUCAGAUGGAAAUGAUGCGGAGCCUUCGCCAUGUAAACAUUGAUCAUCUCCACGUGGGCUGGUACCAGUCCACAUACUAUGGCUCGUUCGUCACCCGGGCGCUCCUGGAUUCUCAGUUCAGUUACCAGCAUGCCAUUGAAGAAUCUGUCGUUCUCAUUUACGAUCCCAUAAAAACUGCCCAAGGGUCUCUCUCGCUGAAGGCAUACAGACUGACUCCUAAGCUGAUGGAAGUUUGUAAAGAGAAGGAUUUUUCUCCUGAAGCAUUGAAAAAGGCAAAUAUCACCUUCGAGCACAUGUUUGAAGAAGUGCCGAUUGUAAUAAAAAAUUCACAUCUGAUCAACGUCCUAAUGUGGGAGCUAGAGAAGAAGUCAGCUGUAGCAGAUAAACAUGAAUUGCUCAGCCUUGCAAGCAGUCAUUUGGGGAAGAAUCUACAGUUGCUGAUGGACAGAGUGGAUGAAAUGAGCCAAGAUAUCAUCAAAUAUAACACGUACAUGAGAAACACUAGUAAACAGCAGCAGCAGAAACAUCAGUAUCAGCAGCGACGCCAGCAGGAGAAUAUGCAGCGCCAGAGUCGAGGAGAACCCCCGCUCCCCGAGGAGGACCUGUCUAAACUCUUCAAGCCACCCCAGCCCCCUGCCAGGAUGGAUUCGCUGCUCAUUGCAGGCCAGAUUAACACUUACUGCCAGAACAUCAAGGAGUUCACUGCCCAGAACCUAGGUAAACUCUUCAUGGCCCAGGCUCUUCAAGAAUAUAACAGUUAAGAAAAGGAAGUUCCCAGAAAAGGAGUUAGCAUGGACUCUUGAGAUCACAUUGGGGCAACUCUUAGAAGAAAGAGUUUGCAUAUUGAAGAGCACAGGGGAUUCCUUUAAUGUCAUUGGCUCUGAUAUUAUCUUUCAAGCCAAAAAUAAAAUAAAACUUGUUUUCAUAGUCUUGACUACUUGCUCACUGGUUUCAGACGCAUUUUACUUAGUUUGUUUUUGUUUUGCCCAUACCUAUGUGUUCAUUCCCAAAUGAUAAAACAAGGCUUGACCAGAAGUCUCACCAGGCUCAGACUCAUAAGCUGCACCUUUGCCACCUCUGAGGUGUCACAUUGCAACCACUCAAUCGAAUGCCGUUUGUCCUAACUUCUGACCCAGAGGCCCUGACACCUACUGUGAAUUUUUAUACCCUCAUUGCUCCCAACUGAGCACCUGCCCCUGCAAGCCCAGGCUUCAUGUACUUGUCCAGGAGUCUCUUUUUCCCAUGCCUGGAAUUGCUUGUCCUACUUUCUGUAGGUCCAC